GCUUCACUCUUGGAACAAAGGCAAAGAGAUGGAGUUUUCAAGUAGUAAACUCUUGGGUUCCUUGAGCUUUCUUGCUCUAGUUUUCACAGUCGUUCUUGGAGACCCUUUAGUUCCAGCUCUUAUCAUCUUUGGGGACUCUGUAGUCGAUGUGGGAAACAAUAACAAUCUCAACACAGUCAUCAAGGCCAACUUUCCUCCUUAUGGAAGAGACUUUGUGAAUCACAAACCAACUGGAAGAUUCUGUAAUGGAAAGCUUGCCACCGAUUUCACUGCUGAAUAUCUGGGAUUCACUUCAUAUCCAUCAGCUUACCUAAGCCAAGAAGCCAGCGGGAAGAACCUCUUGACUGGAGUCAACUUUGCCUCAGCUGCUUCUGGAUUUUACGACGCAACAGCACAGUUAUAUAAUUCGAUUUCACUGACCCAGCAACUGAAUAACUACAAGGAGUAUCAAAGUAAAGUGGUGAAUCUGGUAGGACAAACUAAAGCCAAUGCCAUAUUCUCUGGAGGCAUCCACCUUCUAAGUGCAGGGAGCAGUGAUUUCAUUCAGAACUACUACAUCACUCCCCUCGUUACGGUCUAUACGCCUGAUCAAUUCUCGGACAUUCUCAUUAGAUCCUACUCUACAUUCAUUCAGAAUUUGUAUGGGUUGGGAGCAAGAAGGAUUGGAGUUACAAGCUUACCGCCAACAGGGUGUUUGCCAGCAGCAAUCACCCUAUUUGGCAAUGGAAACAACCAAUGCGUCACAAGACUAAACGGAGAUGCCAUUUCAUUCAACAAGAAGCUAAAGAGCACAUCUCAAAGUUUGCAGACCAAACUUCCGGGCCUCAAGCUUGUGGUCUUCGAUAUCUUCCAGCCUCUGCUGGAUAUGGUCACAAAGCCUAGUGAUAAUGGGUUCAUGGAGUCGAGACGAGCUUGCUGUGGAACAGGAACAUUAGAAACCUCUGUGCUUUGCAACUCGGGGUCUAUAGGAACAUGUAGCAAUGUGACUGGUUAUGUGUUUUGGGAUGGAUUCCAUCCCUCUCAAGCUGCCAACGAGGUCUUGGCCGGUGAUCUACUUCAGCAGGGUUUCGAUCUUAUAUCCUGAACUUAUUGCACGGUGGAAUAAUUAGUACAACUGGUCUACUGUAAUCUCGUUAUUUUAUUUUUAUUUUUUAAUUUUUCCAUCUCGUAAUUUUACAUUGAAGUAUCUGGUGGUUUUAGUUUGAGAUGAGUUCAGUGUAAGAGGGUAGCUGCAUGUUCUGAACUCUAAACGUUUCUAAUUGAUAAAUUUAGUAUUUCUUGCUUUAGUAAUAA